AUGGCAUUUUUUCGCUACUUUUUGCGCGGAACAUUUUAUUUUAUAGCUUUACCGACAUUGAGUUUUACUGCUUUACGAUUUGCCAAGGCCGAAAACCCUGAAUUCAAAAACAGGGCUGAAAAAAUACCUCGAAUUGCGGUUGUAGGCAGUGGAAUCGGUGGUUCUGCCACAGCGCAUUUCUUGCGAGACAUUCUGGGCGAAAAUGCUCAAAUUUCUGUCUUUGAGAAGGCAGAUCGCGUUGGAGGCAGGCUGGCCACCCUGGAUUUCGCUGGCGAUACGUUUGAAUCAGGGGGCAGCAUCAUUCAUCCGAGGAAUUUGUAUAUGAAGAAAUUUGUGGAGAUUUUAGGUAGGAAUUUUAUUGUAUUUUCUGUUUUAAUACUAGUUGUACACUAAUUGACCUUUGACAUCCAAGUUGACCUUCAUGUGACCUUGCACCACAGAAUAGCAACCUUACAGAAGGCCAACUCAGCAAAAAACAUAAUCACUGCCAUGCCACGAAUCAUAAUGAUUCGUCAUCAAAAUGCACUUGCCAAUAGACCUUUAUAAAAAGUCUGCCUUGUGACAUAGUUUGUGGAUAAAUUCAAUCAUUUGGCCAAUCAGGCAUUUCUUAACCAAAUGGCUGUGCGUGGUUUUCCUUUAUCCGCAAACUACGUCGCAAGGCAGACUUUUUAAAAAGGUCUAUUGCCAUGUUCCUAGUCAGUGCACUUACAAGACACAUUCACCCUCCUGAAAGUGUUCAAGAUGGUGCAUGUUCAGGGGGGUAAAUGCCUCUUGUAAGUGCACUGACUGGGAUCAUUUCGAUGAUGAAUCAUUGUGAAUCAUGGUGUGGUGGCAGUUGGCUUUCGGUAUGGUCACCAACGUUGAAAUUGCAUUUUCAAUCCUUUAUCAAUGUCUGGUAGAUUAUUUCCGACGUUGAUUCAACCUUGAAUAAACGUUGUUUUUCCCGCUGGGAUGUGACCUGGGUACCGAUACAAGGUUAAUUAAUAUGUACAACCCUCACAGAGUUGAAUCAAUUUAGGUAUGGAAACAAACAGUGCCUCUGGCGGCAUAUUCUCACUUUACGAUGGGAACAACAUCAUUUUUUCAACGAGCUCCUGGUCAUGGCUAACUUCGUUGAAACUCUUCUGGCGGUAUGGUUUUAGUUUGGUAAAGAUGGAACAGGCCACAAAGAAUCUUCUCAACAAAUUUGAAAAUAUUUACAAGCUCCAGGACAAUGGUGAAAUAUUUCAGUCCGUCCCAGAGUUGUUGCAAGCCAUGUGUAAAAGCGAGGAGUUUUACAGGUUGACGCAGAUUACUGCUCGGGAAUAUUUAUCAGAACAAGGUCUCUCUGAGCUACUUAUUGAUGAGCUCGUUACAGCUAUAACGAGGAUUAAUUAUGGCCAAAGUACCAACGUUAAUGCAUUUACAGGUAG